AAACGGCACGGCAGAUCUUCUGACACAUCGGUGAAUCAACAGGUGAUUGAACACACGGAGGCCAUGGGGUACUCUUUGGCUUCUUCAUACGUCACCCUCAGCCCCGACGUCGUUCACACGAGUGUGCGCAUGCUCGUUCAUAACUUCACGUUUCGGCGUGUGCGGCGAACAGCGUUAGAGGUGGGCGACGAAUUGGCAUUGUCAGGGGAGGGCGACGAGAAGGAGAAGGAGGUCAUUGAAACCCACGAGAACAUUCUCUCGAUGCGCGUCGGUCCACAGAAAAAAUCGCUCUAUGAGGAGCGUUCCCUGCCACCGAACAGCACUAAGGCAUCCGACAUAUGGAGAGCGCAUUAA